AGAAAAUCCUGUAGUAAUCUCGGACAGUGAUGCCACCUCUUCACAGAGGUGGGGAAACAUUGUUGUGACGUAAAGCCAAAGAUGGCGGCUCCCCUCUCCACGAUGAAAUUUUGGAAGCCGGGCUCGGAGGCACCGGGCAUCUCAGAGGAGCGGGAGCUCAACUCGGAGACCACCGGUUCUCCCAUCGUCUUCAACCCGAACACCGCCCUGUCCAUAGAGAGGCAGCGACAGAAACUUCCUGUCUUUAAGCACAGAAACAACAUCUUGUAUUUGGUUGAAAGCUUCCAGACUGUGAUCGUCGUUGGUGAGACUGGAUGUGGGAAAACAACACAAAUCCCUCAGUACCUGGUGGAGGCUGGCUGGGCCACAGAGGGAAAAGUCGUUGGGGUGACGCAGCCUCGACGUGUUGCCGCUAUCUCGGUGGCAAACCGUGUUGCAGAGGAGCGAGGGGCUCUGCUGGGACAUGAGGUGGGCUACACUAUCCGGUUUGAUGACUGCUCUGACCCGCACGCCACGAGGAUCAAGUUUCUGACAGAUGGGAUGCUGGUCCGAGAGAUGAUGGCCGACCCUCUUUUGACAAAGUAUAGUGUGUUGAUGCUGGAUGAAGCACACGAGAGGACCUUGUAUACAGACAUAGCCAUUGGUCUACUAAAGAAGAUUCAGAAGAAGCGACGAGACCUCAGGGUGAUUGUGGCUUCUGCCACCCUCGAUGCCAAGAAAUUCCAUGAAUUCUUUAACUUGAAUGAGUCUGGAGAUCCAAACAAGGAUACAUGUGGAAUUCUGACCGUGGAAGGACGCUGCUUUCCUGUAGAUAUCUUCUACACUGUCAGUCCUGUUCCAGAUUAUGUAAAGGCCACGGUGGAGACUGUCAUGAAGAUCCACGAGACGGAGGAUGAUGGAGACGUUCUGGCUUUUCUCACAGGGCAGGAAGAAGUGGAGAAGGUGGUCUCCCUUCUUCAGGAUCAGGCCAGGUCGUUGUCUCGAUAUGGUAUGAAGAAACACCUGAGGAUUUUGCCCAUGUAUUCUGGUCUGCCGUAUGCUGAGCAGAUGAGGGUCUUUGAGCGGGUUCCCCCUACUGUUCGCAAGGUUGUGGUGGCCACAAACAUCGCUGAAACCUCCAUCACCAUCAAUGGAAUUGUUUUCGUCAUCGACUGUGCGUUUGUGAAGCUGCGGGCCUACAACCCUCGCACUGCCAUCGAGUCUUUGGUGGUCACUCCCAUCUCCAAGGCUUCAGCCAGCCAGAGGGCUGGGAGGGCGGGACGGAACCGGCCUGGAAAAUGCUUCAGGCUGUACACGGAGGAGGACUAUGACAAACUGCCUGCCUCUACUGUGCCUGAGAUGCAGCGCACCAACCUGGCUCCGGUCAUCCUCCAGCUCAAAGCACUAGGCAUUGACAAUGUUCUGCGGUUUAGCUUUCUCUCUCCUCCUCCAGCUCAGACGAUGGUUCAGGCUCUCGAACUUCUUUACGCUCUUGGAGGGCUGGACCAUUAUGGGCGUUUGACCGAUCCCAUGGGUGUGCGGAUGGCCGAGUUUCCUCUCAGCCCCAUGUUUGCUAAAAUGCUGCUGGAGUCGGGAAACUUUGGCUGCUCCAAAGAGAUUGUUACCAUAGCAGCAAUGAUGCAGAUUCAGAAUAUAUUCGUUGUGCCGCCCAAUCAGAAGAAAGUUGCUGCUCGAGAGCACAGGAAAUUUGCAGUCGCCGAGGGAGACCACCUCACCAUGCUGAAUGUGUAUGAAGCAUUCAUGAAGCAUCAGAAGAGCUCCCAGUGGUGUCAGGAGCAUUUUCUCAACUACAAGGGUCUACUGCGAGCAGUGACGGUGCGAGAGCAGCUCCGCCGUCUCAUGAACAAGUUUAAGGUGCCACGAACUUCAAGUGAAGGUGAUCCAGAUGUGAUCUUGAGAUGCAUUGUUGCUGGGUUUUUUGCCAAUGCUGCCCGCAUUCAUCACUCGGGUUCCUACCGGACUUUACGAGAUGAUCGUGAGCUUCACAUCCACCCCAACUCUGUACUGUAUGUUGAGAAACCUCCAAAAUGGGUGGUCUUCAAUGAAGUGGUGCAGACCUCAAAAUACUAUAUGCGUGAUGUGACUGCUGUCGAAUCAUCCUGGCUGGUUGAGUUAGCUCCUCACUUUUACAAGCAAGCUAAGCAUGGGUCUUUGGCCAGCAAGAGAUCCAGAGUCCUGUAACAUCUAUCACCAUUGCACCACAAUAAGACAGAGACAAGUUUACCACUGUGCCGUACCCGAUCCACUGUAUAUAAAGAUAGAGAUUUAUUGUCCAUGCAUACGUGCACAACUUCCUGCACCUGGGUGGCCAAGCUACAACAGUAGAAUUGGUCCCUUUUAAGCGCUGACGUGUUAUUGGCUGUGCUAUUGUUUAUAUUUGGUUUAUGGAGAUGAAUGUGAGAUGAAGCCAGGCUGGGCCUGACUGAUGCCCAUUUAAGAAUGGUCAAGGAUUGUCUCCCCUUCGAGGUACUCUUUUUAGGUAUUUUGCUCUCCCAAAAACCCUGGGUGCCUCUUUAGUUUUGACUGGUUUAAUUCAAUGUAACUUUAUUUUUCAGUGUGUUCAUUUUUCUGAAUAUUCAUAUAAAAGAACUUGUAUAUAUUUUCAGAUAUGUCAUCAGAUAAGUGUGUUUUUUUCUUUCUCUUUUUCUCCAUCCAUUUUCAGAGGCUCCUCUUAACACUGUGAAUGGGUUAUCUUAGAAGUUCUUUUUUCAUUCCUUGUUUCCAUCCAUCCAACCACCAUACAGCUCAAAGUGGCCUUGUUACCACUCUGUGCCAGUAUUUUUAACCAGCCACUUCUGUCUUUUAUUUUAGGAUAGAAUGUGUGUAAAUCCACCAAAAUAUUGUAAGGAAAAAUAAGCUGUGAAACAAAAACUAAGAAUGAAGUGCCAUUUGUUCCUAUUCAAAACUAUGUUAACAUGUGUCCAACACCUAAAAGAAAACAUAGUUUUACACUGUCACCUCCCUCUUCUUUUAUGGUUUUUGAAAUAAUGGCAUUUAUUUUUUAUUUAAGUGCAAACUAUUUACUCUGCAAGCUGUUGAUUACUGUUCCUGAUUAACAAAUCCACACGCCCCCUAUCCACUCCGUACUGACCCUUUUGUAUUUGUGCAUUUUAGUUUUUUUCAAUAACCGAAAGCUUCAAUUUCCUUGUUAUUCUAAGAGUGGUCACUGUAAUGUAGUCAGCUGCAAAAUACUCUAAAACUGUUGAGGUUUUAAGUCAUUUUAAGUCUGCCUGCAAGUUCGUAUCUCUUCACUAGAACUUGUUAGUUAGGUUAGAAAAAUAGCCAGAGAAAUGUAAAACCACCAGAGAAGCGUAGCGUGACGGGUAGCCAUCCUCAAAUUAAAUAAACAAGGCACCUCUGCAUGUUAGCUGUCGCUCUAAUGUAGACUUUCGCCCUGUCAUGACCUCUUAGCUGUUUCCCAAAUGACCCUCACAAAUACCAAGUAUGUAUGUAGCUCAAUCAGCGAUCUAUAGAUCCCUGUAACUGCUUAUCUGAAAUGAAAACAGACACAUCUUGUUCCUUCAUGUAUUCUUUAUUAAAGCCUUACUGUCAUACUCUGAA